AUGCUAGAUCUAGAAGAGUACGUACCAAAAACAACUUGAAGUUAAAAUAGUCAUAACCAUAGCUAACAUAAUCGUCCGCUUUAGAGCCAUAGACAGCAUCAAGCAAUGCAAAUACAUCCCCGAGAGCCAGAUCGAAGAGAUAUGCACGCGGAUCAUCGACAUUCUCAUAGAAGAAGCCAACAUUCAACAGAUCUCGACCCCAGUGACCAUAUGCGGCGACAUCCACGGGCAGCUCCACGACUUGAUCACCUUGUUCAAGAUGGGCGGCAGCUUACCGCAGACGCAAUACCUCUUCCUCGGCGACUUUGUCGACCGCGGCUUCUACAGCCUCGAAUCCUUCCUCCUUCUCAUGGCGUACAAAUUACUAUAUCCGCACCGGAUCUAUCUCAUACGCGGCAACCACGAGAGCCGGCAAAUCACCACCGUGUACGGGUUCUACGAUGAGUGCAUGCGGAAAUACGGCAGCGCCAACGUGUGGCGUUACUGCUGCGAAGUGUUUGAUUACCUCAGCAUCGGCGCCGUUGUGGGCUCGCCGGGCUCAAGUGGUAAAGAGGGGGUCUUUUGCAUCCAUGGCGGCUUGAGUCCCGAUAUCGAUACCGUGGACCAGAUCCGCAUCAUGGACCGCAAACAGGAAGUGCCGCACGAAGGCGGGAUGUGCGAUUUGUUAUGGAGCGAUCCUGAAGAUGUUGCCGGGUGGAGCAUCUCGCCGCGUGGGGCUGGUUUCCUCUUUGGCGAGAAUGAAGUUUGCAAGUUUUUGCACUUGAAUGAUUUCAGCUUGAUUGCGCGCGCGCACCAGUUGGUGAUGGAGGGGUAUCGGGAGAUGUUCGAUGACAAGUUGGUCACGGUGUGGAGUGCGCCGAAUUAUUGUUAUCGGUGCGGUAAUGUUGCUAGUGUGUUGAGGGUCGAUGAUGAUUUGCGCCGCAAUUACAUUGUGUUUGAGGCGAGCACGCAGGAGGUGGAUGCUAUCCCGGCAAAGAAACCCGCUGUUGAUUAUUUCAUCUAG